AUGGGGAACAGCGCAAGUGGCGGCGAUGGCGCAGCGACCUCGCUCCUGGACGCGGCCACGACGUCAGCCCUGGAGAAGAUCGUGAGCGCGCAGCCGUACAUGAUGAGCGACGACGUCUGGACGCGCUUCUUCGCGAUGGACCAAGCGCUGCUUACGCUGCCCAAGGCGACGCUCGCGGCCUUCCUCCGUCCCUACACGCACGCGCUCGCGGCCAACACGGUUGUCUCGGGCAACUUUCGCAUGCUCGUGCGCCACGUCACGCGAAGCUUGCCGCAUUUUGCCAAGCCGGACGCCGCCCGGCCGCGCCAUGUCCUCGGCGCGUCGCUGGCCAACAUGACCAACGUCCUCGUCCUCCUGCGCCACUUUUGCAUGCACUUUGUCGAGCACAGCAACGUUCUCGAGCUCUUUGCUGCCCAAGGCACGGCCAAGGACCUCGGGCAGAGCUCGCUCCUGCGCCAAGCCAGCACCGCGCCAGCCAGCGACGUGGCCAUGGAGCUCUUGGACGCGCUGUGCACGGUCGUGCUCGAGGCGCCACCGACCGACGAGACGUACGAUUUGCACCUCGAGUGCGUUAACACGCUGCUGACGCUGCUCUCGUCGCACGCGUUCAGCGCCACGGCGUCGCUUCUCGAGGCGUUUGUGCUUCAUGCGUCGCUCGAGACCGUGGCCAAAGGCCUCGUGAAGCGUGUCUUGUACUCGUUUCUCGACGAGCUUCCGCCACCCAACCUCGAGACCGCAGCGUCCGUUGCGGCCCUUGCCGCGCAGUCGUCGGCCCAAGCCUCCUGGGGUGUCCUCGACUACUUUGUCGCGACCGAGACGCCCGUGUUCCCGCUGGCCGACCGAGGCGUGCUUCUGCUCCUUAUCCUCUUGCACACGGCGCCGACCGAAGCCAAUCCAUUCCGGAGUGCAUUUUGCGAGCUUGAAGAUCGGGACCGCAAUGUGAACGCAGUGCACGCCGUGUCGUACUCGCAGCUCAUCAACCUCCUCGGCCGGUCGCUCUCGACCGAGAUAGGCACCUCGCUCCUCUACGCUCUCGUGACCAUACAUCCAACCUUUGCCUCGGCCAUCGCGCAGCCUCUUGACACCGACUUCUUUGGACUUCCGCUGCUCCGAGCCCUGUACGACAGCACCGAGCCGACCUCUCUCUUCGUGUACUGUACAGUGCUUUUGCGGCUCUCGGAGACACCCGCCGUUCUCGAAGCUCUGCACGCGUCCAUGCUGCAUGACCAUGUUGAGUGGUAUACGGAGAAGUACAUGGUUGAUAUCUCCUUUGCGUCGGCCGCGAUCGUUGUGCUUGUGCGCCUUUUGCACAAGAAUAUGGCGACGUUCCGAGACCCGCGACUGCACACGAUGGCGUUUGGGACGCUCUUCAACGUCCUCCAAUAUGCGCACCAGCUGCACCCGUACGCCAGCCAGAGCCUCGUGCACGCAGUCGAGCACUGGGCAAAGAAGGAAGCCCGGGUCCAAGCCGACCUGGACGGCCUCGAUGCCUCACCACAUGAAGCCGACGACGUGGCUGGGCAUCAGACCAAGCUGCUGGAGAAGCAAGCCAUGUACAUGGAGUGUCUCCACCUUGGCCUUGGGCUGAUCAACGUCGUCUUGUCGGGUCGGCUCUUGCCGCGGAAUCCGCAGCUGAUGUACUCGCUUUUGCAUGCAUCGAGCCUCGUCACGUCGCUGGCCGGGCACGCCGACCUCGCGUUCCAGACGUCGCCAGACCACACGCACGUGCAAGAGAUGGUCGCGUACUUUCGCGCGGUCGUCGACAUGGAGGAGGAAGCGCACGAGACCGACGAAGUCCACGUGCUCAGCGUCGAGCGCGUCUUCGAGUACAUUCAACUGGGCUGCAAGAGCCUCUUUCCAACGAACGACCCGCGAGACGAGCCAAACUACUGCUAUGUGUUUGACGAAGACGUGGCACUCGCACGCCCGUACUUUGUCUCGAUGCUUUGGGCGCUCGUCGUCGAGCUCACUAGCGACCUGCCGUGGGCCUACGACAAGCUGCGGUGCCAGCGCCGCAGUGCGAUAUAA